AUGGCGCGGCUCCUGCUUCUGUGCGCGGCGGCAGCUGCUCAGGAGGCGCCGUUGCUCUGGGGCCCCCUGAGCCGCCGCGGCUCCGGCCUGGGUGUGGUGGCCAACCGCCGCUUCGCCGCAGGCGAGGUUGUGCAGCGCUGCUACGCCCUGCCCGUGCCGAAGUCGGAGAUUCCGAGCACGGCGCAAAGGCUGCGGCGCUGCCUGUUCCCCGCAGGAUCCUUGCUUCUCUUCCCCUUCGGUUGGGCAUUGCUCUUCAACGAGGCGGAAUCUGGAGGUGGUAAUGUCACCUGCGAGCACGAGCAGCAUGACGAUGAGAAGGGGAAGCCUCGCCACUUCCUGGUGCUCCGCGCCACGGAGGCGGUGCCCAAAGGCGCGGAGCUGCGGCUGGGCACCGGGCGCGGGCCGGGCUCCGCGGCGGAGUGGCUGGAGGGGGAGGUUCAGGCACCGCCGGCCUCUGGCGAGCCUGACUUCGUGCAGCAGCUGCCGUUGCCCGCCGCUUUGGAUCUGCGCAGCUCGGCCGUGCAGGGCCUGGGGGUCUUCGCCGCGCGGCGGCUGCGGGCCGGGGAGGUGGUGGAGCUGGCGCCCUCGGUGCUGCUGGAAGACACCGAGACGCCUGGAGUUGCUUAA